AUGAAGAUUCCAGAAACUCCAACGGAUAAUCAAGUAUUGCCUGCAGAUCUUAAUGAUGUAAGAAUUAACUACACCAGGAAAUUGUGUGCUGUUUAUGAAGUUGGCAGUGAAAUUGUUGGAAUAUGUUGUUGAUGAAUUCGA